CCAUAGGCGGCGACUGGGGGGAGGGGGAAGGGUGCGGGGCGCGGAGAGAGAGUGGGCGAGCCCGUGGGGCCCGGCACCUCCGGGGCGGGGUCAGCAGGUGCAGGAUUCAGCCUGCCCCCAACCCUGGCUUCCCCGUCUGCCUCAGUUUCCCCCUCUGUAAAUGGGAGUCACAGUGAUAGACCGCGCCCACCCCCCGGGGUUUCUGGUCACCCUCCCACGGGGCCGGCCCUCCAGCCUCCCCGGGGUCCGUCCGGAAGCGGGGCCCAGACCUGCUCUCUCUGGCUGCCGCCAGCCUGCUGGGCUGCCUCGACAUGCCACGACAGCUACUGGGGCCCCCAGAUCGUUUUCUUACCCUUGGGGAGUUGUUUGUGCACUCCCGCUCCCCUUGUUCAGAUGGGUGGGAAUGCCCAGGAGGCACUUGGGGGGAACCCAGGACUGCAGACGAGUUUCCCCUGCGCCUUCUUUGCUUUCUGGGUGGCCCCCUCUGGGGCCGGACUUGGACCCCAUUUCUUGGUGAUGCUCUUUUGGCCGGAUUUUGAAAAACCUAGUGUUUGUCUUUCUUCUGUUCCCAGGGGUAGCCGUCUUACUGAUAUUUCCAUCUGCCAAAGCUUGCCCAGCAUCGAAGUGAUCACACUCAGUGUCAAUAGCAUCUCCAGCCUGGAGCCCGUGAGCCACUGCCUGAACCUGAGCGAGCUCUACCUGCGGAAAAACAGCAUCCCCAGUCUGGAUGAGCUCUUCUACCUCAAGGACCUGCCCCGCCUGAGGGUCUUGUGGCUGUCGGAAAACCCCUGCUGCGGGCCUGACCCCCGGCGCUACCGCAUGACCGUGCUGCGCAACCUGCCCAGUCUGCAGAAGCUGGACAACCAGAGUGUCACUGAAGAAGAGCUGUCUCAGGCCUUGAUUGAGGGUGAGGAGAUCACGGCUGCACCGGCCCGGCAAGCCUCCGAAAACGGUCAUGCCGAGCUCUCCUGUGAGCUGAGCACCGUUGACUCAUCCGCAGACAUGGAGAGCGACCUGCUCAGUGACAGCAUGGAGGAGACCAACAAAAUCCGGGAGCAGCUUGGCAUGAAGCCCCUGCCCAGGGACCGGUUUUCCUCCUUCUCCCCAAGAGCCUCAGUCAGUAGCCGAAAGAAGAGGGUGAGUGUGCCUGGGAGCACUCUCCUGUGUGCCCAGUGCGAGGACAGGCCUGUGGGAGCCCUGGGGCUCCCCACUUAUCCGGAGGCCGGACUUCUGGCAGCGCCCCCUGAAAACAACAUCCUCAAUGCUGUCCUGCUGCUUCUGAAGGAACUGGACGCUAAGGGACUGGAAGUUGUCCAGCAGACAGUCGGCCACCGCCUCCAGGCCCUUCGGAAACCAGAGCUGUCUGAAGAACGCUAAGGUUCUGGGCUGCUGUGUCCACCUGAAGGUCAUCCACUGCAGCCUGACCCCAACCGAGCUGGGAGGGGCUGGGUCUGUGCCUCUUCCUUGGACAGCUCCUUGUGGUCAGUGUGCCCCAAGGCUAUUCCCCACUUGGAUGGCCAGCACCCUAAAGGGACAAACUGUGGUGCCCAGAGAGAGGAGGCUCUGAGUCUGUCCAAGACCUUGUUUCCAGAGCUCACUCUUGUAUGUGAAUAUUGGGGAUCCAGGCCUUGGGAAAAGCUGGUCCUUUUAAAUCCAAGCUUUCCCACUGGGCGACAGGGAAGUCAUCUGGUGAUGGGAGUCUCCGAGGCCAUUGUUCCCAAGCCCAGUCUCCCAGGUAGACAGGGAUUGUUCAAAGUGUCCUUGCGUUCAGCAUGGCCCUGCCCAUCUGGUGGGGCUAGAAAGACCCACAGCGAGAGCCCAGCUUCCAGGGAGCAUUCCAGUCAUAGGGUUUCAGCUGAGCCCCUGUCUGGGCACUCAAGGAAGAAUACAGUGGCUUCUCUCUUCCUCUUCAGUCAUGUGCUAGGCUGACCGGGAGAGCAACAGCACCCUCAGAAAUGGGUCUCCAGGCUCUCUGGACAUCCAUGUGCCUGUAGGCCAUGAGGAAGGAAGAGGGACAUCAGUGCUCAGUGCCAAUUACCCUUUGUCAGAAGGUCUGAAGCUCUCAGAGCGUCGGGGGUCUUUCCUCCAGUUGAAGGGCCCCCACUGGGAGAGUCUGACCAAAGUUUGUUGCCUAAGUCUUGGGGCUUUUGGAUUGUUUCAAAUAUGGAUUCCUCACGGUUGACCCCUUCUAAGGGGGAUCCUUGUGAAUUGCUUAGCUUUGACCCUGAAUUUGAUGGGAAUGGUCAUCAAUGGUGGACCACAGAAGAGCCACGGCAGCAUCAGUGGCAUGUGGCUGUCUGUUGGAAUGGCCAGCUCUUAUGUUUUCUGGGAAAGAAUCACCUUGGAGGGGAGGGGCACACUGAUUGUCCUUUCUUUAGCCUUCCUCUAACGAUCGUCUGAAUCUUAGUAAAAUAAGCCAUUUUUCCGAACAGCA